GGCCUUAGGAGUUUACUCUGCACGCUUACGCUGUACGCAAUCCGCUUCCGUUGUGAACGUCUCUCAUAUACAAGUACCUCUUCUCCUUUUUACGCCCAGUACUUGUACCAUUUUCCUUCCCAGACAAAUCUCAGGGAGCGAGAGAUGCGUCGCGGAGAUAUUCUCCCCCCCGAUCUUGGGUUAUUUCUAGGGUUUCUGAUUCUCUGCAACUCGUCCCUGAUCGUUCAUGUCGGAGCUUCGAUCCAUGAGUAUUCCAACGAAGCUUUCUAUCCCAAGCUCAACUCCUUCUUCUUCCAUGGCGGCAGCGAGGGCCUCUACGCGUCCAAGAUCCACGACCACGGCAACGGCAAUGGCAGCGACGCCGGGUCUUCUUUUUCCUCCUCCUCCAAUGGGAAGUCCUUCAUUCGGUUUGAGUCUGUCACUUUCCGGAGGACAAAAGAGUCCUCUUCUCGGCAUAAUUCCAUGCAGCAGAAGACUGGCUUGGUGGAAGCUAUAAUUGUGGAAAUUAGAGACAGGGAGAAGAUCGGUGGUACUUAUCUCAAUUCUGAUGAUAUAUGUUGUUCUCCUGCUCUUGCCAAAAACGGUUCUUGUAAGGUAGGAGAGGUGAUCAUUCGUCCAAACCUAGACAACCCAGGGUCGCCAAGGCGUGUUCAGACCUUUUUCGAAGGAAAUAGUGAAGAAGUUAAAAUGCUUAGUCAAGAUGUAGAGAUAAAUAGUACUGGAAUGUACUAUCUAUAUUUUAUGUAUUGUGACCCUCAACUCAAGGGAACAACAAUCACAGGAAGAGCUGUAUGGAGAAAUCCAGAAGGUUAUCUACCUGGAAAGAUGGCACCAUUAAUGAAAUUUUACGGCUUCAUGUCUUUAGCAUAUCUUGUUCUUGGUCUUGUAUGGUUUCUCCGGUUCGUACGAUUUUGGAAAGACAUAUUACAGUUGCACUAUCACAUUACUUUGGUAAUUGCUCUGGGGAUGUGUGAAAUGGCAUUCUGGUAUUUUGAGUAUGCAAAUUUCAAUUCUACUGGGAGCAGACCUAUGGGUAUCACCAUGUGGGCAGUUACCUUUACUGCCGUCAAGAAGACUGUAUCUCGCCUUCUUCUUUUAGUGGUGUCAAUGGGCUAUGGUGUUGUGCGUCCAACCCUAGGCGGGAUAACCUCCAAAGUAGCUCUUCUUGGUGUGAUAUAUUUUGUGGGUACAGAGGCACUCGAGCUGGUUGAACAUUUGGGAAAUAUCAAUGAUUUCUCUGGAAAAGCAAAGUUGUUUCUGGUGCUGCCUGUUGCUAUCUUGGACGCAUGCUUUAUUCUCUGGAUAUUCUCAUCACUAUCAAAAACUUUAGAAAAGCUUCAGAUGCGGAGAAGUGCAGCCAAACUAGAGUUGUACCGUAAAUUCACCAAUUCCCUUGCAGUAUGUGUGCUGCUUUCUAUUGCUUGGAUUGGCUAUGAGCUGUACUUCAAUGCAUCAGAUCCCUUGAGCGAGCUGUGGGAAAGAGCUUGGAUCAUCCCAGCUUUUUGGAACAUCCUUGCAUACUUGUUACUUGUUGUAAUAUGUAUCCUUUGGGCCCCAUCGCAUAACCCAACUAGGUAUGCAUAUUCUGAGGAAACAGGAGACGACUUCGACGAGGAGGGCAUUUCGUUGACGAGCAGUGUUGCCAAGGCAACAGUGGAUAUGGUCAGCAAGCUGGAGAGGAAGGAGAGGAAGACGGCAAGUGCCUCAGAUCAUGUGUUUGGGCUUGGUGAAGGUGAGGAAGACAAACGGGAGUAGAGUAGAGAUAUCUUGUAUUCUUUCAGAGGAAGAAUGCCCCCUUGUUUUAUAUGUACAAAACCAAGAAAGAAAAAGCAAUUACAAAAAAAAAAAACAAAAAAACAAAAA